AACUUUUAUUGGGGAUUUGUAAGGAAAAAAGUUAACUGCUCAGUUGGCAGGACACUAAAAUUGACACAAGGCAGAAAAACGAAGCUGAGCAUGGCGCCCCCGGCCACCGUCCUCCAGAUGCUGCGCAGCCUGAGCACGCCGCGAGUCCUCACAACCAUCCAUUACCACGGUGCAUUGGGUAAUCAUCACCUGCAGCAGCGCCGUUCAAUAUCCACUUCGCCGUCAAUUCCUUCACCGCUUUUCUCCCUGUCUCCGUUUCUCCACACAGCCCGCAGCUAUAGCUCGGGCACUAAGCAGGAAGCCGCUUCAGCUGGCGGAGAAGCAGCAGCAGCAGGAGCAGCAGCAUCUCACGGACCGACAGUGAAUGCCAAUGCCCCGCUGCUGGCCAAGUUGUUUCCACAGACCUCUCCAGAGGUGGACCGCGGUGGAGAGGAGGAGCGCAAGAAGCGCGAUGAGGAGGAAGCCAAGGAGAAUGAGCGCGCUUGGAAGCGCAUGAAGUUGGGCUUCGCAAUCUUUGGCGGCGGAGGUUUGGCCACUGCCCUAUGGGCCGUCUACGAGUUUGGCAAGCCCCAGGUGGACGAAAAUGGCCAGGUCAUCGAGGAUGAGUUAAUGGACAAGCCACUGGUGCAACAGUACAUACAGCGCAUGUGGAAGAGCAUGUACUAUUACCAGAAAAUGAUCCAGGAACCGUCGCGGGACAAGCUUCUGCCAGAUCCGCUCAAGCCACCCUAUAUCCAGCCGCGCUAUACGCUUGUCCUGGAGAUGAAGGACGUCCUAGUGCAUCCGGACUGGACAUACCACACAGGCUGGCGGUUCAAGAAGCGACCCGGUGUUGAUCACUUCCUGGCCGAGUGCGCCAAGGAGUUUGAAAUCGUUGUCUUCACCGCCGAACAGGGCAUGACCGUGUUUCCCAUACUUGAUGCCUUGGAUCCGAACGGAUACAUCAUGUACCGCCUGGUCAGGGAUGCCACGCACUUUGUGGACGGCCAUCAUGUUAAAAACCUGGACAACCUGAACCGGGACUUGAGCAAGGUGAUUGUCAUUGACUGGGAUGCGAAUGCUACCAAAAUGCAUCCGGAUAACACAUUCGGCAUUGCCCGCUGGCACGGCAACGACGACGACGGCCAAUUGCUGGACCUCGUUUCCUUCCUCAAGCUAAUUGCCCAGAGCAAUGUGGACGAUGUGCGUGAAGUGCUGCACUACUACCGCCAAUUUGACGACCCCAUUAGCCAGUUCAGGGAGAAUCAGCGCAAGUUGGCCGAGCAAAUGGAGGAGGCGGAACGCAUCGAGCAGACCAAGGCCAAGCCCAUGGUCAAACAAUGGUCGCGCAACAUUCUGGGUCGUUAGAUGCACCAGCCAGCCCGAGACACCAUUCUUCUGCCAUAUAUAUAUUUGUUUUCUUAAAAAAUAGAAGGAUGCUUAAAUACCAAAA